UUAAACAUUCUAGUGAUAUCCGAAACAAGUAAUUGUUUCAUAAUUUCUCCAUGGUCAAGAAAACAGUCUUGAAGGUUGAUAUUGAUUGUCUCAAAUGCAAAAAGAAACUCAUCAAAACCGUUUCUUCUCUUCAAGGUAUAAACAAAAUUGAAGCAGAUGAAGGAAAAGGAACAUUGACCAUAAUAGGGGAUGCAGACCCAUAUGACAUAAUAGUUCGAAUAAGGAAAGCUGGAAAAAAUGCUGAAGUUGUGAGUAUUGGGCCUCCACCUGGCCCACCUCCUCCAAAACAGGAUGCUCCAAAGAAGCCUGAAGAAAAGCCUAAGGCCGAAGAAAAAAAUAAGCCCGACCCGGUAAAGAAUCUGGACCAAAUAUCUUAUGUGCCCUAUAUGCAGAUGCCUUAUUACUACCCACAAUACCAGGCCCAACCAGUUACUGUGGUGCACAUGACUAGGUGGGACGAGCCCAAUGCAUUUUGCACUAUAAUGUGAUGUUUUUUUGGAGAUACUUAUGGUACACUACUUUUGUAGUGGACUCCACUCAUGAAUUCAAUUAUUGGUAUUAAAAAUUAUUUAUAAGAGUUAAAUAAUGUUUUUAUUUUCCAAAUAAAA